UCAUAAACCGCUCUCCUGAUCAGCGAGAAAAAAAGCAACAAUUCCAGCAAACCUAUUCCAUCCUGCAACCAGGAAUUGAACUCUCUUCAUGAAGCGCCCCCGUGCGAAUACCACAUGUGACAACACAACCCAGAGUCAUAUUUUCCGAAUCUCCGGGGGGCUGGCGGCGAAACUGGCGUGUGUCGUUCGCGGGGAACUUUGUGACUGUGUCAGGCACUGAAAUCCGGGCAGAUUUUCGACCAACGAGGCCUAUUAAAUAUGCGCUGCCAUUGUGAAAUUUACAUCGAUGGGAAAAUCUCGAACAAAAAGUGACCACCGGUCGGGGAUAGCGAGUAAAGUGAAUCAGCAGGACGGGAGAGGUAAAAACUAGUGGUAAACUAUUUUAACCUGGAUAACUGUGCAGCUGGGAGAAAAAAAGUGUGUUUUUUGUGUUUUGUUCGGGCAGCUGUGCUCAAUCGGGGUGAUGCUAAAACUCAAAAUUUGGAACGGAUUUGCGCAAUAAUUGAACCAUGACCGGAUCCCAACCGAUUCUAUUGGGUUCAUUUUGGAAUGCUUUCUCUGUGUGCAAUAACCGGUGCAGAACAUCGGCCAAAACAGCUCUUCGUGGAUGGCCGGCAAGCAAGGAAUUGAAGAGUGAACCAACCAAGCAGCGGAAGUGAUUUGCGAAAAAAAUAUAUAGGCUGUGGAGUGAACAAAGAGGGAGUUUUUCCGGGAGAGAAAUACAUUCAGUGGCGACCGCUAACGAGAAAACAGGAUUUGUACUUAAAUAUAAUACGUGAGAAGUGAACGGAUCGAACCGCCUCGAAAACAACAAUUUCCAUUAAGACACAGGGGAGCUGUGAGGUGAUGGCCGAUCCUCAUGUCGGGGACCGGUAAUGUUCCCCAACCGCUUCCAACCAGUGUACAAUGCGGGCCCACAAUGGGCCAACAAUUAUUAACGACCACCAGACUGACCACCACUGGCGGACCAACCAACGGAAGCAGUCAGCGUCAAGGCACGAGGCAACGCGAUUAGAACGGGGUGGAUUCAUCCAGUGCUGUCACUUUUGGUUGGUGAUUGUGAUUGUGAUUGGAUUAGCGGUGGUGGCGCCGGUCGGUGCUGGACCUCGGUACAGUUCGCGGAUAGUGGAAACCAAGUCGGGGGCGAUUCGGGGUGUGAUUUUGGAGCUGCACUCGAAGUAUCUGGAACCGGUGGAGGUCUUUAAGGCAGUACCAUACGCUGCUCCUCCAGUUGGGAAUCUUCGAUUUGAGGCCCCGAAAAAGCUUCCUCCGUGGAAGGGAACCAAGUUAGCCGACACAUUUGGACCAGUUUGUCCUCAGAGCUUCCCGGACAUUAGCAACCGAACGGUAGCCCUGCUCUCGAUGCCAAAGGGACGCUACCAGCACCUGAAACGACUGCAGCCGCUGCUUGCCAACCAGAGUGAGGACUGUCUCACGCUCAACAUCUACGUCCCCGGAAGUGGAAGCCGCGGCCUCGAAGCGCCGUACUCCAUCUUCUUCUACAUCCACGGUGAAGCGUACGACUGGGGCUCCGGCAAUCCGUACGACGGCUCCGUGCUGGCCAGCUACGGCCACGUGAUCGUCGUGACAGUCAAUUUUCGUUUAGGAAUUCUCGGUUUUCUCAAAACUCGUGCCUCUGCCUCACCGGGUGGUUCUGGUGGCAACCUAGGUUUAAUGGACAUCACCCUCGCGCUGCAAUGGGUGCGAGACAACAUCGGUGCAUUCGGUGGUGAUCCCAAGCGAAUCACCGUGGUUGGUCACGAUACGGGUGCAGCGCUGGCCAACAUGGUUCUGAUCUCGAAAGCGGGAAAAGGCCUCAUCAAUCGGGCGAUUCUACUCAGUGGUUCCGCCCUGAGUCCAUGGGCUCUGGUUCCCGACCCGGAUGCCAUCCGAAUGGAAGUAUCCCAGCAGAUGGCCUGCCACCUGUUGGUGGAUCCACCGCCAGGAAAACCUGCCCGGAAACCUUCAACCGACGACAUCACCGAGUGUCUGCGGGACAAACCACUCGAGGCCCUGAUGGGUGUAAGACUGACUGCCGUACGGUUCAUGCCGUCCUGGGGACCAUUUCUACCGCUGGAGGACUCGCUGGAUCCAGAGUUUGCCAUGGAACACUCCGGCGAGGGCUUCAUCACCAGCGAACUGAUGCUCGGCAUGACCACAACCGAGAGCUACAACGAUUUCAGCGCUUCCGAUAUACAGUAUGGCCUCGAGGAAGAGCAACGGAAUCGACUCCUGCGGACCUACAUCCGGAAUGCGUUCACCUUCCAUCUGAACGAAAUCUUCUCGGCCGUGCGGAACGAGUACACCGACUGGGACAAACCGAUCCAGCACCCAAUCAACAUCAGCCCCCAUUUGGAACUUCUGCGCUUAGAAGAUGAAACAAAAACCUCCGAACCGGGCGGACAAUCGGGAGCCGGCAUUCAGUCUAUUACGGAUUCACCGAGCCGUGACUGCAUCCGUUCGAUGUUGGAGAGGUUUUAG